UCCUGUUUUGGGAUAAAAAAAACACACACACACUUUGUGAAGGGCGCUUAAGGGGAAGAGCUCAGAAAAGGCUUCUGGCUCCUUUCCCUGGGUAAAGCCAGCACAAAAUCCAGUAAAUCCAAUUGCAGGCUUGUGUCAUGCCUGAACCUUGAAGAUGGGAUGAGUCUUGGGUGUGCUGUCAGGCAGAGAUGGAAAGGCAAAGCUCCCAGGCUGGGGGUGGCAGACUUGAAGCUGGGGAGUUGUAGGGACCCUGUUACCAGGGAAAAAGUGAGGUUUAGGGCAUGGUGUUGCAUGCAUAUUUUUUUAGGAGAAAAAAAACAUAUUUUUGUGUCACUGGUGGCUUAAUUAAGGCUGUAGGGUUGGAGCUGCCCUUGGUGGUUGCAACCCCUGGGAUUGGCCAUCCAGCCCCUUCCUCAGGUGCACCCUAUAUUUGUUUGGGUUUGGUGUUUUUGUUUUUUUUCUCGUCCUGACUGGGGACUGCUGCCCCCGAUAAAGGCUUCGCACCAGCACACUGAAACAUGUGGCUGCUGCCAAUCAGCCCCUUCCCCUGUGCCACAUGUGGCAGGGUGAUACCAGCCCCAUGGCUGCCCCAUUGCGAUAUCGCCUGGCCCCAGGGCCAUGGGCGGGAGAGGAGGCAGCCAAAAUGUCUGCCUAUUUUAAGCCUCUUUGGGAAGUGAAAGCGGCUUAAGUAAAAUUUUGCCAUGAUGCAUUUGCUGGCUUUCCGUGAUGGAGUGCAGCACGUCCACAGCGUGUGUGCUUUGACCAUUUAAGAUGAAGUCCUGAGGUGGACGUGCAGGAAUCUCAAAGGGUUUGUUGGGAUGAUGUCUGGGGAGAGAGGAGGAGGAUGAAGUCAUUGGGAUUAGUGGGAGAUUGCUCUGCCAGGCUCCUUCCUCUGAGGUUUGUUGCUGGGAGAUGUUUCCCAAUCUCUGAAGUCUAUUUAAUGCCAGAAACGUGCAGCAUCGGUGUCUGCAGCGUUUCCAUCACAACCUGCAGCCCCAGAGCUUCUCUAGCGUGUUAGGGACACAACAGUGCAAGGCGACAGGGAUGCUCUGCACCACCAAGGGUGACGACACAGGGACCUUGCUCAGGAUUCACCUAUGGGAGACCAUAUUUUAACCUGCUAAAAAUUAAGAGACCGGGUCCAGAUGAAGGGGUCCCCCACGUACAGGGUGAGGCUGCAUCCCCACGGCUGCAGGAGGUGCCCAGGUGAUGGGCUCCGAUAAGACACCCAAUUUUCAGCUGCCUCUAGCAAGGUGAAGUCUGGGCACUGCGCUGCCCUGAUAAACAUUGCCGCUAUUUUUUGGAGGCUCUGCAGUGAGCUGGUGGGGAAGGAGCGGGGCUUGGAGAUGCUCUUCCCCCUCCCCCCCCCUCCCGUUUUCCCUUUUUGGCGGGUGAGCCCGCGCACUGCUGGCGGUUAAAAGCUUGGACGCAAGUAAAACCAGAUGGAAUCUUAUCUGCCUGUGCCCGGGUGCCUACGUGCAGGCAGCCAGCAACGGCGCUGCGUUUCCCGCACAGCAAAUUCAGGGUGUUUCACCCGGUCAAGGUGUCACGCAGAGGCCAUGGUUCCCUACAGCAUCCCCCUUCUCCUUUCCCCGGGUCUGUGUGUCCCUGGCUGGUGGCACAAAAGCAUCUGGUGACGCUGGUGUUGCAGAGGGGUGCUCAGCGUGCAUGGGACGUGCUGAGAUGUUUGAAGCUGCUGUGUUUCACACCCAGUGCUGUAUGUCCAUGGGGGCAGACAAAUGUUUGGUUUUUUUUAAGACAGAAGGAGGAAAAUGUGAUGUAAAUGUGCUCCAGGAAGAUGAUGGUCACAGACACAUUUAAUCUCCUAGGGGCAGCUGAAUGCUUACUCAGCUGGGAGGCAGUGGCUGAUGAGAGCUUCUGCAUAUCCCAAAGCCUCUGGUGGGGAGCAAAUGGGACAGAGAGGGAGCAGAGGCAGGGGUACUGGACCAUGCAGUACAGUUGCCGAACCUAUUUUUGAGCCUUUUUGCAGGAAAAAAAGUGCACCACCACCCCGCAGCAUGCCACCCCCCUCCAUACAUCACCACCCUGGUGGCUGGGAACCACCACAAACCCCAGGGUGACACCAUAGCUGCUCAGGGCAGAGCGAAGGGAGAGACCUCCAGUGUCUCUCCAAUGUCCCCCCCUCUUAUCCCUGACGUUCUUCCCCAUGUCCCUCCUUGUCCCCACCCAAUGUCCCCUAACACCCUUCUGAGUGUCCAUGCCAUGUCCCCCUGCUCCUUCCCUGUCCCCAGCACGAGCUCCUCCUUGUCCUGCACAUCAUCUCCUUGUCUCCUGAUAUCCCUCCCACUACCUAUCCUUGUCCUAUCCCAGUAUUAGUCCAAAGUACUCCUUCUUGUCCCCGUCACAUCUCUCCCUGUCCCCUGCUGUCCAACCCAGUGUCCACCCCCUGUUACCACUAUGUCCCUCCUUGUCCCCUGGUGUCCAACCUCAGUGUCCAUCCCAUCCCCAAGGUGUCUCACCCUAUCCCCACCACGUCCGUCCCUGUCCCUUAGUGUCCAACCUGAACGUCCACCUCUUUCCCCAUCACAUCCCUUCUUGUCCCAACCUUGUCCCUCCCCGCCUGCCCUGGGCAUGUCACCAUGGGGCGGGGCGGAGGGGACACGGGGACAGGCAGUCCUCCCCACGGUCCGUGCCGCACCCUUAAAUAUGCGGUGGCAGCCCGCGCGGCCGCAGACGCAGCGGCGGUGGCAGGAGCAGCCUCACAUCUGUUGUCACUGGUGGCUCCUUUUUUAGCUCCCUAACCACGGUACCCCGCCGUGGGGUGAAGCGCCGGCUAUGACGGAGAGCCUGGUCCUAUCCCCAGCCCCAGCCAAGCCCAAGCGGGCGAAGGCAUCGCGACGCGUGGCAUCGCACCCCACCUACUCGGAGAUGAUCACGGCGGCCAUCCGUGCGGAAAAGAGCCGCAGCGGCUCCUCGCGGCAGUCCAUCCAGAAGUACGUGAAGAGCCACUACAAGGUGGGCCAGAACGCCGAUCUGCAGAUCAAGCUCUCCAUCCGGCGUCUGCUGGCUGCCGGCAUCCUCAAGCACACCAAAGGGGUCGGGGCCUCCGGCUCCUUCCGCUUGGCCAAGAGCGACAAGGCCAAGAAGUCCCCCCGGAAGAAGAAGAAGGCCACCAGGAGGUCUACGUCACCCAAGAAGGCAGCGAAGCCCAGGAAGGCCAGGUCACCGGCCAAGAAGCCCAAAGCUGCCGCUGGGAAGGCCAGGAAGAAGUCGCGGGCCAGCCCCAAGAAGGCCAAGAAGCCAAAGACUGUUAAGGCCAAGUCAUGGAAGGCCUCCAAGGCCAAGAAGGUGAAGCGGUCGAAACCCAGAGCCAAGUCCGGCGCCCGGAAAUCGCCCAAGAAGAAGUGAGCAGCCUGGGGGCUUUGUCCAGGCUCUCCCCGUUGGUUUCUGUAAAUAGCUUUUGCCUUUAUUUUUACCUCUUUCUAUUGCAAAUUUUGUAAGGAGUUGAUCUAUUCCUAACAGCUAAAACAAGGCAAUGAAUGAAAGAAAAAAAAAAGGAACUUCUUCCAUAUGGAAGAGUUCCCAUUUAUAAAAGCUA